AUGGUGUUCACAGUGCCUGGGGUGGAUGCCCCGGUACUGGUUGACAGAUUACCAGUGCCUGUGAGCACCCCCGAGCCAAGGCUUCCCGAGCUUGUUUCAAAUCUUGCAGAAGUCCCCAGACUUCCUGACGCUGACGCUGAUGCAUUCCAGCCUUGCGAAGCUGAGCUCGGAGGAGUUGGAAGCCCCCCCACAGUCCCAGACAACCCAGUUCCAGCUGUAUCAGUCACCAGCGGCGUUGAAAAUCCUGUCGGAAGCCCGGUACCUGCUCCCGAACCGCUCGUUGCCGUACUUCCAUUGGCUGUGGAGUUGGAAAGACCCGUCGCGGUACCAUCCGUUGGCGAAAAUGGGGUUGAGGCCCCAGAUGUAGUCAUGUUAGCAGGCAUCGAUGAAGAGCCCGUACCAAGAGCACCUGUCGGGGAAAUCCCCGUUCGCGUGGUGCUGUUCCACGAACCGGAUAUUGGCAGAGUAGGUGAUAAGGUGCCGCUUGAUCCAGUGCUGAUACCUGCUGAGGCCGUACCCACGCCUGUGGUGCCAUUCCCUGACCCAGUGGCUGAAAGCGUAGGCAAUGAGGCCCCGGUAGCUCCAGCGCUGGUUCCCGCAGAGGUCAUGGUGCUGUUCCAAGACCCUGAAGCUGGAAGUGUGGGCGGCGAGCCGCCCGUAAGUGUAGUAUUGGAUCCCGCUGAUGCCGUGCUUAGACUCAUAGUAGUGAUGUUCAAUGGCCCUGAUGCCGAAAGCGUGGGCGACGAGAUGCCAGUUGGACUGGUAGCUCCUGAAGCUGUCCCUAUGCCCGUACUGCCAUUCCAGAAGCCAGAUUCUGACAGGGUCAGUGACGAGAAGCCUGUAGAUCCAAUGCUCGCUGUGGGAGAAGGACCCGAGGGGGUAAAGGUUGUAGGCACUGACGUUCCUGAGAUGCUCGUACCCGGGCUCAGUGUCAAAUUCCAUGACCCUGAGCUCUGGGUUGGCGAUCCACCCGCGGGGCUUGACACCGUACCUGUACUUUGUGAAGAUAUAUUUGCUGCCGUAUGAACACUCGUGAGUGUACCAGAAGGUGAUCCAAACGGUGUCCCAGUGCUAUUCCACGAAUCUGAUAGCUGGCUUGGCUGCGCCGAAGUGCCAGUAACAGGAGAUGAUCCUUGGAAAGUUGAGAUGGAACCCGUCAUGCCAGAUCCCGAGGGAAUCCCCGACGAGGCAGCAUUACCUGUCGUGCUAUUCCAAGACCUCGAUGCCGUUGUGCUCAGCGAACCUGGCCCGGUUUGCCAAGGGCGACCGGUCCCCCAAGGAGGUUGGGAGACUGGUUGCGUGCUGUUACCUGCGAUGUCGCUUGAUGGUGUCCCUCCUCCACCGGGAGUGCUUGUGCCAUUGUAAGAAGCAGUGGAUUGAAUCGAUACUGGAGUAGAACCUGUCGGUGUCGCCCCAGACGACAACCCUCUACUCCCAGUAAGCCCGCCCGAGGAGAGAACCAUACCCGACGUACUGUUCCACGGAGCUGAAAGCCCAGUUCCCAUUGUGGCCGAUGGGGUAGACGGCGUGGGGAAUGUCGUGGGAGGUGAUAUUACAGUGCCUGCGCCGCUGCCGACCGGCGAUGUCCAGCUUCCUGUUGUACUAUUCCACGGUCCAGAUGCGGGAGGCGUGCCUGACGGUCCUGAGGCAGUAGAUGUGGUUUGGCCCCAGGCUCCGCCGUCGGAUAGUGUCAUCCCAUUCGACGCUGUGCCAUUCAUAGAAGAGACGACUGGGCUGCCUGUUCCAAGAGAGGAACUGGGGGUGCUUGGUGCCGGAGAACCCAUCCCGGUACCACUGAGGUUACCAGUCAAGCUGCCGGUAGGUGGUGUCGGAGCACCUGAGUUGGUGCUAUUCCAUGAUCCUGAAGGUUGGCGGCUUGACGCAGCUGACGAGCCCAAUGAGUUAGAGGGUGAUAGAGAAAGGCUUUCCGUCCCUGGAAGACCGGGAGUUGAUGUCACCGUACCAUUCGACGCUGCCGACCCUUGA